AGGUUACAGCAGUUACAAGUUUCCACAGCACUGAAAUGACCAAUUUUUUUCUUGUUUUUGUGCAAAUAGCAAUAAAAUGAUGGAAAACACAGAGCAAAAACAAAUACACAUGAACAAAUAAUCACUCUUUCAAUCUGCUGAAGUGAGUAUGGACAUCUUAACGGAGCAGGACGUCCAAAAGGAGUAAGUAUGGAUGUCUUAACACAGCAAGAGGUCCAAAAGUACCGUGAAGAUGGCUACCUUGUUCUGGAAGGAUUCUUCAGCCCAGAGGAGUGUGAAGCGCUGCGAGAACGCAUGAGUGAAAUAGUGCAGCAGAUGGAUGUUCCAGCUCACUGCCGCACUCAAUUCUCCACCGAUCAUGACGAGCAGCUGAAGAGCCAGGGAAAUGCAGAUUACUUCAUCACAAGUGGGGACAAGGUCCGCUUUUUCUUCGAAAAAGGAGUUUUCGAUGAAAAUGGGGAGUUUACUGUCCCGAGGGAACGCUCUCUAAACAAAAUCGGACAUGCUCUCCAUGCCCAUGAGCCUUUAUUUAAAUCCAUCACACACUCCCCUAAUAUCCAGAACUUGGCUAGAAAACUGGGUCUGAUAAAUCCUGUUGUUUUGCAGAGCAUGUAUAUUUUUAAGCAACCUGGCAUUGGUGGAGAAGUGACGCCUCAUCAGGAUGCGACCUUCUUGUACACGGAGCCUCUGGGCCAAGUGAUGGGGGUGUGGAUCGCUCUAGAAGACGCAACCCUCGAAAACGGCUGCCUGUGGUUUAUACCAGGCUCGCACAGGAAUGGAAUCACCAGGCGGAUGGUUCGAAACCCAAAAGGCACAUUUCCUUUGACUGACUUCAUUGGUCGAGAACAAAAUUACGAUGAGAGUCUCUUCGUACCAGCACCUGUCAAGAAAGGUGGUGUGGUUCUAAUCCAUGGUGAAGUGGUCCACCGUAGCGCCGAGAACACCUCAGAUGCAUCACGUCACGUUUACACCUUCCACAUCAUGGAGUCUGAGAAGACGUCCUGGAGCCCUGAAAACUGGCUACAGCCGACUGAAGAGCUUCCCUUCCCAUCACUCUACACCUAAAUCUACAACUGCCUACUUUAUUAUAACCUCUCAGUUAAUUGCAAGUCUCAUUUCCUGUUUUUAUAUUAAUAUCCUCUAACCUAGUAAGAUAAUUCAGAGUGAUACUCUUACAUCUAGUUAUGUGCUACUUAUUUUUAUUCUUUUGAUUUUGAGAAAGUGAACUCGUAUAUCAUGAAUAACAUACAACUCAAUGAUUUUGGAACAUUAACAUUGCUAUGUACAUCAUUUAGUAUUUUAGUGUUUUUACUAUUUUAGGAACUAUUCCCUAUUGCAUGCACAAAGCAGAAUAUUUUCUUAGACAUAUAUUUGAAUUAUUUAAUUCACAUAAUAAUUGUGCAUGAUGUUAAUUAAUAAAUAAGACUUUGACUUCAUAUACCUUAUAAACCUGAUUAUAAGUGCGUUUUAAUUUUAAUGUUCAUUACAGUGAUCCUAUAAACCUUGGGUGGACAUUUGGGAGAAGUUUUUUUUUUAGGUUAAGUGGGAUUAAGAAAUUAUUCAGUCCCUCUACAAAUGCACAUAUAAAUCCAUAAUAAUACAAUAAUAAGUAAUGUAUUGCACAAGAUAGAAGCCAGAAAACUGCAUCUAAUCAUUCUGCCCUCUAGUGAUUGCCCAGAAAAGCUGCUAUAAACACACCUUUUUUUUUUUGUGCCAUUGACUUGCUCUGCCGAGAACCGAAACCUCAUUUUAAAGCCCAGUUCUUGUAUCAUUUGUUUUCUGUUUUUGCUUUUGUCUGUAAACUCAGUGUUGAGUCAAUAAGACUGUGUGUGUGCCCAAUUGAAGUGUUGUUUGCAUUGUCCAAAAAAAAAGGGUCAAAAAUCAUCCCCCUUUUGCCCUUUCUAUCCAGUUUGGUUUACAUUAUUUAAAGAUGUUCUGUAUAUUAUCAGUGUCCUUCAUAAAUAACAAAUCGGGGGUCAUUUUAAUGUUUUAAUAUGAAAUGUCACAUUAACAUUUGGCCAUUUAUAGCCUUCCAUUGAACAGAAUGAGUGUAUCCAGUGCAGUAGCAAUACAGCAAUAUUCAUUAAUAUGAAAUAAAAUCCAUCAGUGAGUGUAUAUUCAACUUUGCUAACAUUAGACAAGUAUAUAUUUAACAUCAUUUAACUAUAUUUGUUAGGGAUGUUACCAAAAAAAUCAAAAGUGUAGUUUUUGACCAUUUUCAGCACCAUUUGUUAGGGACACCAUUUUUUUUUGUGGUGUCUCUAACAAAUAUAGUUAACUGAUGGUAACUAUUAACUCUUAAGAUUUUGACCUUUUGACCUCACACUUUAUAGUGUUAUUGGUUCUGAAAUUAAAAUAAUGCUCUGUUUUCUUUAGCAAUAUAGCAUAUAUAAUAAUAUAGCAAAUCCAAACCUGUGUAUGGAUAGGAAGAACCAUCACUACAUUCCACACUGUUAUUAUUAUAGGACUGUAUUAUUCAGAAAUCUAUAACACAACUGUUACAGAUACUUUGGUAACUUCCACUACGUGUAAGCCUUUUAAACUGUGCUAGGUGAUGAUGCACGAUUCAUAAUAAACUAAUCAGUAAUGAUAGUAUGAACUUCUUAAUGCUGUAAAUCAAUAGUAAUGAUGAAAGUCAGUUAUAUAGUAAUAUGCACAUGAGCAGCAUAAGUUGGAACAAAGCAACUCUUUAUUUGAAAAAGUAAAGAACACACACAGCUGUUCAACUUUUUUUGAAUUGAAACACUGAAUAAAUUUGUUACAAAUUAA